GGCAUGGUUGAAUUGGACAUCCUUGAGAAUAAAUAAAUUAGUGGUAAUAUUUAAAAUUUCAAUAACCCUUGUCAAUUCUAUAAAUUUAUGAGGAAUGAGCAGGAGUGUAUAAUCAACGCUCUGUCUUCCUGCAAGGACACCAACAGAAACAAAAGUAAAGAGGAUAAAUGUAUUGAUUGCAUUCUAUAAGACAGAUGACGCAUAGUAAUAUACAUAUCUUCUUGUCUGAUGCAAAGAAUGGAAGAAAACAGAACUUACAUCUCAAUUUGUCUAUCCUCAUUGCUUGCGCGUUAGUUAUUUUAUGUUGUCGCAUUUGAUUAUAGCAUAUGUUGUUGGAUUUUUGUGUGAAUGCAGUGAUAUAGAAUUUCUUUUCCAAGAUGCUCAUCAUACUAUUUAAAUAGAUACUAAAUCAUUGCCUGCCAACACAUUAAUUAAUAUACAAAUGCAAUGCAAUAAUCUCUAGACUACAUGGCUGAGGGAAACGAGCAGGACGUAGCAUCUAUGAGCCAUCCACCUGUUAUGGAUUUGAAGGAAGACAAGACCAAGAAGAAAGAAAAAAGCACUAAAACAUUGCCAUACUACAAGCUUUUCUCUUUAGCCGAUCCUAUAGAUUACCUAUUAAUGUUUGUGGGUACACUUGCUGCUGCUGCAAAUGGCAUUUGUAUGCCUCUUAUGACUGUAAUAUAUGGAGAUACAGUAAAUGCCUUCGGAGAGAACAGUGUAAACGCCAACCUACUGGUUCAUGAAGUUUCAAAGGUGUCUCUCAAGUUUGUAUUCUUGGCCUUAGGGGCAGGUGCCGCUGGAUUUCUUCAGGUAACUUGCUGGAUGGUCACUGGAGAGAGACAGGCUGCACGAAUUAGAAGUUUAUACUUGAAGACAAUUUUGAGGCAAGAAAUUGGCUUCUUUGAUAGGGAAACUAACACCGGAGAAAUUAUUGGGAGAAUGUCAGGAGACACAGUUCUCAUUCAGGAUGCCAUGGGUGAGAAGGUUGGAAAAUUCCAGCAGCUAAUUGUAACUUUUAUUUCGGGUUUUAUUAUAGCAUUUUUCAAGGGAUGGAAACUUACACUCGUAAUGUUAUCCAGUAUUCCGCUUCUUGUUCUUGCUGGGGCACUCGUGGCCAUUUAUAUAUCAAAGUUGGCAUCUCACGGACAAACUGCAUAUUCAAUUGCGGCAACAGUGGUAGAGCAGACAAUUGGUUCAAUUAGAACUGUUGCAUCAUUUACUGGGGAGAAACAGGCUAUUGCUAAAUAUAACAAAUCUUUGACAAAAGCUUACAAGUCUGGUGUGCAAGAGAGUUUGGCCGCUGGCUUGGGUUUUGGUGUGGUUUCAUUCAUUGUAUUCUCCAAUUAUUCAUUGGCUGUUUGGUUUGGUGCAAAACUGGUGCUAAAUGAAGGAUAUAAAGGGGGAGAUAUCAUCACUAUCGUUUUCGUGGUGUUGACUGGAUCUUUGUCUCUAGGACAGGCAUCUCCUUGCUUGACUGCAUUUGGUGCUGGACAAGCAGCUGCAUUUAAAAUGUUUGAGGUAAUUGGUAGAAAGCCACAAAUUGAUGCUUAUAACACCAUUGGUCUGACGUUAGAGGAUAUUCGUGGAGAUAUAGAAUUAAAAGAUAUUUGUUUCAGCUAUCCUGCUAGACCAGAAGAGCAAAUAUUCAGUGGAUUUUCUAUCUCAAUACCUAGUGGCACAACUGCAGCUCUGGUUGGGGAGAGUGGAAGUGGUAAAUCUACAGUUAUCAAUUUGAUUGAGAGAUUUUAUGAUCCACAGAGUGGAGAAGUUUUAAUUGAUGGUGUUAACCUUAAAGAGUUCCAACUGAAAUGGGUAAGACAAAAAAUAGGGGUCGUGAGCCAAGAACCAGUGUUGUUCAGUUGCAGCAUUAAAGAGAAUAUUGCCUAUGGGAAGGAAGGUGCAACUACAGAAGAAAUCAGGGCUGCGGCGGAGCUAGCCAAUGCUGUUAAGUUCAUAGAUAAACUGCCUCAGGGAUUAGACACAAUGGUUGGAGAGCAUGGUAUUCUUCUAUCUGGGGGCCAAAAGCAGAGAGUUGCUAUAGCUAGAGCAAUUCUUAAAGACCCAAGAAUUCUACUUUUAGAUGAAGCCACAAGUGCCCUUGAUACAGAUUCUGAAAGAAUUGUGCAAGAGGCACUAGAAAAGAUCAUGAUCAACCGAACUACAGUUAUUGUAGCUCAUCGCUUGAGUACAGUAAGGAAUGCUGAUAUGAUUGCUAUUAUUCACCAAGGGAAAAUUGUUGAAAAAGGUUCUCAUUCUGAGCUUACCAAGGAUCCUGAUGGAGCAUAUUGUCAGCUCAUAAGAAUGCAGCAAAUGAGCACAGUGUCAGAAAACAACAUUGUAAAUGAUCCAGAGAGGGCAGAAGUCAUUGUGGAUUCUGGAAGACAUUCUAGUCAACGGUUUUCUUUAUUACGAAACUCAAGUCGGGGCUCAUCUGGUGUUGGAAACAGUAGUCGUCACUCAUUCUCUGUUCCCUUCGGUGUGCCAACAGGAAUCAACGUCCCAGAAUCAUCAACGACAGAACCCUAUACUCUUGCCUCACCUCCACCUCCUCAAAAGGUCCCACUUCGUCGCUUAGCCUAUCUGAAUAAGCCAGAGAUCCCUGUUUUACUGCUAGGUUCAGCUUCCGCCGUAGCUAAUGGUGUGAUAUUACCUUUCUUUGGAGUAUUAGUUGCCAGCAUGAUCAAAACAUUCUUUGAGCCAGCAGACAAACUCCGAAAGGAUUCAAGAUUCUGGGCUUUCAUGUUUCUUGGUCUGGCCUCCAUGUCUUUCUUGGCUUAUCCACUAAGGUCAUAUUUUUUUGCAGUAGCGGGUUGUAAAUUGAUUAAAAGGAUCAGAGCAAUGUGCUUUGAAAAAUUGGUUUACAUGGAAGUGGGGUGGUUUGAUGAAGCCGGGCACUCAAGUGGUGCAAUUGGGGCAAAGCUUUCUGCAGACGCAGCCUGCUUGAGAAGCCUGUUUGGAGAUGCACUUGGUCUUCUGGUUCAAAAUGCUGCAACAUUAGUUGCUGGUUUAGUUAUCGCUUUUCAAGCAAACUGGCAACUGUCUUUUAUCAUCCUUUUCAUGAUACCUUUUCUAGGACUUAACGGAUAUGUUCAGUGGAAAUUCAUUGAAGGUUUCAGCGCAGAUGUCAAGAAAAUGUAUGAGGAAGCGAGUCAAGUUGCAAAUGAUGCAGUAAGGAGUAUUAGAACUGUUGCUUCUUUCGGUGCUGAAGAGAAGGUGAUGGAACUCUACAAAAAGAAAUGUGAAGGCCCUGUCAAGACUGGUAUUAGGGAAGGGUUGAUAAGUGGAUUUGGGUUUGGACUAUCAUUCUUCUUGCUUUACUCUGUGUACGCCACCAGUUUUUAUGCUGGUGCCCGACUUAUUGAGGCUGGGGAUACAACGUUUGCAGAAGUUUUUCGAGUGUUCUGUGUUCUCACCAUGGCAGCUUUUGGACUUACCCAAACAAGCUCCCUUGUUCCUGAUGCUGGCAAAGCAAAUAGUGCAGCAGCUUCUAUAUUUGCCAUUCUUGACCAGAAAUCAAAAAUAGACAGUAGCGAUGAUUCUGGGACAGUAAUAGAAAACCUUAAAGGAGAAAUUGCGCUUCGACAUGUGAGUUUCAAAUAUCCAUCAAGACCUGACAUUCAAAUUUUCAGGGAUCUAUCCUUGGCGAUUCAGGCUGGCAAGCAGACAGUUGCUCUGGUGGGAGAGAGUGGCAGUGGGAAAUCAACAGUGAUAUCAUUACUGCAAAGAUUUUAUGAUCCAGAUUCCGGAAUAAUAACAAUCGACGGAAUUGAAAUUGAAAAGCUAAAAGUGAAGUGGUUGAGACAGCAGAUGGGCCUGGUCGGGCAGGAGCCCGUGUUAUUCAAUGACAGUAUCAGAGUCAAUAUAACAUAUGGAAGGGAAGGAAAUGCAACAGAGGCUGAAAUUUUAGCUGCAUCAGAAAUGGCAAAUGCGCAUAAGUUCAUCAGUAGCUUACAACAGGGGUAUGAUACAAGAGUGGGGGAAAGAGGAGUUCAGUUGUCGGGCGGACAAAAGCAACGACUGGCGAUUGCAAGAGCAAUAGUUAAGGAGCCGAAAAUCCUACUUCUAGAUGAAGCAACCAGUGCUCUGGAUGCAGAAUCCGAAAGGCAAGUUCAAGAUGCAUUGGAUAGAGUAAUGGUGAAUAGAACGACAGUGGUGGUAGCCCAUCGGUUGUCCACAAUUAAGAACGCAGAUUUAAUUGCAGUGGUAAAAAAUGGAGUGAUUGCAGAGAAAGGAAAGCAUGAGACGUUGAUAAAUGUCAAGGAUGGAAUAUAUGCUUCUUUGGUGGCAUUACAUUUGCAGAACACAAGUGCUUCCGUUGAUAUCCCAGAACAGCAGUGAAGUCCACUGUUUCUAUGUAAUUAGACCUGAGGCAGUUGGUACCUCAACAUCUGAAAACCACAUUUCAACCCUCUUUCUAUGUAAUGUAAUUGCAAAACAAUAAAACAGGAUUGCCAACUACUCCACUCCAUAUUAUAAUUAACAACAACAUCAAGAGAGAGAUUGUUAUUAGUGGGCAA